CGAGAGUUUGUUCUCGCUCCGAAAACGCCAAAUACGCUUUCAAACCAAAAUGGAGGAUUUGUCGGUCGAGGUGUACGGUGAAAAUGGUGCUUAUUAUAAGGCCAUUGUCACCGACGUGCUCGACAACGAGGUUCUUGUAGCCUUUGAAAAUGACUGGCAGCCGGAGUCGAAGUUUCCUUUCUCGCAAGUGUUCUUACCACCUAAGGACACUGGCAAACACACAGAGUACGUGGAGAACCAAGAGGUUGAAGUAUUUGCGAGGUCAAAUGAAAAGGAAGCAUGUGGGUGGUGGACAGCAAAUAUUAAGAUGAUUAGGGGUGACUUUCUCGUAAUAGAGUAUUUAGAAUGGGACAACUGUUAUACAGAAAUUGUGCCAAAGGACCGCCUCAGAGUGAAGACACCUAAAACACCCAUUGACAAAACCACCUUCCAUAAGUUUGAAAUAACAGUACCAGAUGAUCUCAAGGACUACCUGCACGACAUGCACAGUGCGAAGGUGGAGAACGCCCACAAGGAGUUCCAGAAGGCGAUCGGCGCCGCGCUCGUCUGGUACGUGCCGGAACGCGCCGUGCUCGCCGUCAUAUCGCGCUGCGAGACCUCUCACCGACGCGCCGAUAUGCUGCAGGAGAUGCAUUUUAGGAAUCUAGCCCAAAAGCUGUUAUUGCUUAAAAAGACUGAAGAGGCAGCAAGGCAACUGGAGUCAACUAAAAUUCACAAUCAAGGAGGCGACGGUUCCAGCUACACGGACGAGUUUUCCGUGCGCGAAGAUCUAAUGGGCCUGGCUAUCGGCACCCAUGGCGCCAACAUUCAGCAGGCGCGGAAAGUGCCCGGAGUCACUAAUAUUGAGCUAGAAGAAGUCUCGUGCACUUUUAAGAUCUGCGGCGAGUCGACCGAAGCGGUUCGCGCGGCUCGAUCGCUGCUGGAAUACGCGGAGGAAUCCAUCACGGUGCCGCGCGCGCUCGUCGGCAAAGUCAUCGGCAAGAACGGGAAAGUCAUACAGGAGAUCGUCGAUAAGAGCGGCGUAGUCAGGGUGAAAGUGGAGGGCGACAACGAGCCGGAACCGUCGGCACCACGCGAGGAAGGCAUGGUGCCUUUUGUGUUCGUGGGUACGCGGGAGAACAUCGCAAACGCGAAGGUGCUGGUGGAAUACCAUGUGGCGCAUCUCAAGGAGGUGGAGCAGUUGCGCGCCGAGAAGUUGGAGAUCGACCAGCAGUUACGCGUGGUGCUGAGCGGCAACAGCACUAGCAUGUUCCCACCGCCACGCGGCCAGCCGCCCUCACGCGCGCGCCGCGCCCGCCCGCCGCCGCAGCGGUACCCGCCCGGCGGGCGACGUAUGACCCCGGAGUUGGGCGACGAGCGCGGCGAUGGCGGCGGGUACCGGCCGCGACCCACGCGCAACGCACGCCCCAACAGAUCUAGCGAGCGCGGCGAGCGGCGAGGCGGCGGGGCAGGCGGCGGCGGCGGUGAAGACAGACGCGUGCCGCUCGAGAACGGACGCCCGCACCCGCCCCGCGCGCAUCUGCCCGCGCACCCGCACCCGCCCCGCCCCGCGAGUGGUAGACGGCGCGAGGACAGACGGAGGCAGACUGAUGACGAAAGCUCUGUAUUAGACAGCCAGGACGUUUCCAGCGCCGACAGAGAGUCCGCCACGUCGGAGGAGGGGCGCGACAAGCCGCCCGCCGCGAGACGCAGGCGCCGUAGGAAUACAGGUGGCGGAUGGAAGAACGGUGUCGGCCCAGUGGCGGGGGCGGGCGGCGAGGGCGCCGGCGACAAGCGAGCGGCGGGCGUUGCGACGGCGGGACCGGGCAAGGCGCGGCGCGACGGAGCGGCGGCGGGCGCGGGCGCGGCGGCGGUAGCGGCGGCGGGAGCGGGAGCGGGCGCGGCCGCGGGGACAGGCGUAGUGGCGGGCGCGGCUAAAGGCAAGCCCGAGCCGCUUGUAAACGGCGCUGCGUAGAGCGGCCGCGCGCCGCCUGACCCGCCCUGUAUACGCAUUCUGCUAAGAUAAAGUAAUAAUCGUGUGUCAACCACAUUCCAAUAGUUGUCAUUUUUAAUACAGCUCCUGUUACUAUUAAAACACUAAACAACAAACUGAUUUGCCUACUCAAUUGUUAUAGUUAUCUAUAUGCAUUUGCUGUUUUGUGUUUUAGUAACGGGGUCUGUGUCAAAAGUUGUUCGACACUGUUGAACUAGGAUUGAGACGCGAUUUUUGCGUUAGCUUAGCGGAAUCGACACCCUGGCCCUGGCCGGCCGCGCGCCCGGCCCGCCCGGCCCGGCCCGCGCCGCGACAGAUAUUAUUAUCCUAACGUUAACGUAACAUGUAUCGUGUGUCGACCCACCACCUCGUCUCGCCUCGCCUCGACGCGGAGGGUCGAACGUCACUAGACUUACUCGUAUUAUGCUUUUAUAAGAGAUUCGUGAUUUGUAUUCCUGAUUAUUCGAUAAAUAUGAAAAGAGAAAAAAAAAAUUAACACGUGUACGUCGCUCCCCGGACGAUAACAGCCGCGCGCGGCCUUUCGGUACGUUUAUGGGAGAUCGGACAUAGCGCAGUACAUACGUGUGUCGUAGCCUGUACUCUGUGGUUAUGUGAUUUCCUAUAAAAUAAACAUUUCUGUACAUAUUUUGAAUCGUAUUUUUAUUUAUACGAACGUUUGGUAGAUAGCGGCGAUGAGAGAUCGCGACCGGCCCGUGUCGUCGCGACGAAGGCGGCUCGGGAUCUUCCACCGCGCGGCUGCUUACGGUUAAUUAGUACAUCCAUUUUAUAAUAAUACUUUACAAAAAUAUUAGUAAUCGCUAAUGGAAAGUUUACACUGGAUUCGAUACAAUACUACAUUGGAAGAUUCCACGGAACCUCAUGGGGAAGGGUACGGGGAACGAUUAUUCGGUGUGACACUGAGAGUUUCAAAUCCUAAACGUGAGUGACGCAUUCUUAUUAACUAUAAUGUUUAUCUUUAUUUACAUCUAAAUCUAAAUUUUUUUCAGUCAUUACAAGAAUAGUACCGUGAUAUGCAUUAUUGCCGGGAUAUCACUAAGAAAUUGUAUAAUUAUAAUAUUUACAGAUAGAUAUGCUUCCGAGUGAAGUUUACAAAGUAUUUUUUUUUUGUUUAGAAAAUAUACGAUGUCAUUUUGUAGUAAGUGAUAUGUCUACUUGUACACGAUUCGAACAUAUUCACAAUUUAACUUAGCAAUCACAAUAGAAUGAUGUAUGUUUAGAGCUCAUUUUAAUCGUGUUAGUUACUUAAUCCAUGAUAAAAAAAACUAGCGUAUUAGUUUUGUUUCAAUAUCAAAAUAUGAGAAAUCCAAAAAGUAUACAAAUAUUCAAAUGUGGAAUCUAUCCUUGGAACGGUGAUGCGUCCUGAGCGGAGAUUAAUGUGUGAAAACGCCGGGACAGACGUUCAUCGUUUCAAGGUAAACAUACUUAUUGUGAGAAAGGUUUAUUGACCUCUUGUAUGCGGAUUAUGGAAAACUGUGAUCUUGCGGUAUUGACGUUCGUACAUAGAAACAAUACGCUUUGCAUUUUUUUAUUUUACUUGUAGACUGUAACGAUAUUGUAUAUAACUCACUUAAGUUCUACGUGAAUGAGUUUAGGCUUAACAUUUGAAGUCAAAUAAAAGCUUUAUUUUGUACAUGUAGUUUUGUUUUAUGUACCUUUCAAUGAAGCCUGACUGGGUCUUUGAGAGACAAUUUUUUUUAUACUUUUUUAUUAUUUCUAAAGACGCUGUUUGGCUCUCGAUUUACAACGGCGCGAAUACUCAAGAGCCGCAUACAAGAGGUUGGGCCAAAAUUUGGAUUGGGUAUUUUGCUAUGUAAUUAUAAGACUAUGUCAGAUGUUUACGAAGUAUACAGGACUGAAGUGAAUAAAAUAUCUUUGAAAAAAAAAUGAGGUCAAACAUGCAGUUUGUUUUUUUAAUUGUAUCUCAAUGGAAACAGCCUAUUGGUGAAUGGCAUUUACAUCUUUUUUUUGUUUAUGUAACACUUGGCCCUGAACGAUUAAAUUUUUGCAGUGUUUUUUAUAUUAUUACAUUUAUUUUCGCAAUUCUCCUUCAAUUGAAAACAAGAACUUUAUCCAAUCCUGCUAAAUCCCUGCAUACCGCUAACAUUUUAUAGCAUAUAACCAUUGCCUUUGGACAGAUCUAUAACAUAAAGUUGGUUGCAAUUUUUUUUCCCCUGGGUCAUAAUUAGUUUUACGUACAUUUUGAUUUUACACAAUUCAUUUUAACAUAACAACAGCACUGCAAGAAUGAAACAAAUUUGGCAAAUUCGUUUGGUUAAAAUUCAUUUACAACAACGAGAAAGAUAUUUUAUAGAUGAAAAGCUAAAACUCAAUGAAUUUGCUAAAAAAUAGUGCUGUGCUGUUGCUUCGAGACACCAAUAACUUUAUUUUACAAGGUUACAAGCCUUUAUACUGUAAUAUAAAAUGGUUAUCACUUAUCCAUACGCGAAAAUGUCACAGAAACACCAUAAAACCGUAAAUCUACGAUUUGUUUAUUUAUGUCUUGAACAUGCUAACAUAUUUUUCAAAAUCUUAAGUCAUAUUUUCCAAAACAAACAGUUCUCGAUGUUGAAUUCAAAUUUAAAUCUUAGGUCAGCGGUUUUAAAUUUAUUAAAAUAAUCCACAAUACAUCCGUUCGCUAAUAUACCUUGUUCUGUCGCAAUAAAUUAGUGUGACAACGGUGUCAAUUCUGGCAUGAUUAUCUAAACUUAAAACAAAAUUUAACAGUCUCUCUUUUUUAUUUUAUAUAGAAAAUGACAAGAAUACAUUGGUGUCAAUUCUGACACGAUUCUCUAAACCUAAACAUAAAGGACACCCGGCAUUUUGUGCCAAAGUUGUAUACUUUUUUAAUUUUUUUAUUGGGUAACGCAGUCUGGCAAUAUUUGUCAUCAGCAGCUAGCUGUCAAUGUCAAAUACGUAGGUUUGUCAAUAUAACCUCUAUAGGUAGCCGGGUCGUCAAGAGAAAUAACGGAUAAAAAGGCAAUCACAGCAGAGAACAUUCACAAUCACAGUAGGCGGGAGCGGAUUUUUUGUUUGUAUUUUAGGAUUGUCAAAUUGACAUUUGGUUUUUUAUUUAGAAAAAGCAAAGGAAUCAUGGUUUGUACAGUCAUAUCAGUAAUAUUUUGAAGCAAAAUUCUGUCCCUUGAAGAUUUAGGGUUUCCAUAUCAAAAAAUAUUAAUCAUUAUAUAACUUCUUUCCACGAUUCACUAAAAAUAAGGCAAAAGUAGUUUUAUGUAGCAAAUAAUUUUGGCUUUAUUUUGAGAUCAAAUUCAACUGAAUACAAGUUUAGCAUUUUUUCUAUGAAAAGUGCCGGGUCUCCUUUCACAAUAGUGUAUCCUUGUCAUUCUCUAUACGAAAUGAAAAGGAGAGAUUGAUGUUAAAUUUAGUUUUAAGUUUAGAGAAUCACGCCAGAAUCGACACCAAUAUAUUUUUUCAUAUAUACAUUGUUUGCGUAAUGGAUAAAUGAGAUCAUAUUUGCAUAUAAACAAAACGUUGAGUCUGUAAAUAGCUUGAAUCUACAAUGUAGGUAAUCCAUCUUUGAGCUUCGACAAGUCUGCGAUUGAUAAUUUUAGCGGAAAACUUAUCUUAAAACUUGGUUUUGAAACACAAUCAAAACAUCGUUACGCAAGUUCGGACUAUUUAGGGAUUUGUUAUACAGUUAAAAAAUAAUAUAAAACAAAAUGAUGGCUGCCCUUGAAAUCAGUUAAUCCUUUCUUCGCAGUAUAUAGUUUGAACUUGAACUACCGUGUACGUAGUCGGUCUGUCUUCAAGGAACUUCCCAUUUCAAAGCUGCUCCGAAAGGAAUUACAGUUACUACUCGAGAUUACACAGUUUCAAUUCACCCCGGAACCAAUGAUUACAAAUGUCUUUUUUAGUAGGCACAGUAAGUUAAAGAACUGAACCCGUUUGGUGAUAUUAUUAAAAAAUGUUUCUAUAUUUUUCAAAGGAAUACUUUACCCUUAGUAGAAGAUCUGAACCUACAUCGACCUUCACCGAACUUCAUUCGCCACAGAGGGCCAUUCGCCUAACGGGAUUGCUUUGGAAAACGCUAUCGCUUGCGAUUUCAUUUAGUUAUUUCCGACCGCCGAAAGUUUUCAAAUACCUCACGGUCAUUUUCUUUUAUAUUGUUAUUACCAAUGCAAAAAAAAAGCGUUGAAAACUUCAGGUGGCUAGAAAUAAUAAAAUGAAAUCGUAAGCCAUAACGUUUUCCAAAGCAAUCCCGUUAGGCGAUUGGCUCCCUGAUAAUAAAUAGAAUAAGCAUAUUUUAUCAUGAAUUUAGUAUAUUUAAAAAUAUAUUAAAAACCAAAAAUUUAAAAAAAUAUAUGUUGCUUCAUCCAGAUAAUAAGAAAAUGAUGUCCUGAUUUAAGGUAUAAAACAUAGAUUGGGCAGCCGCGUUGGGUAACGUAACUUUCAUCGUCAUACCUGUUUAUACCUGGUAACCCAGUAGUUCGCCCAGUUAAAUAAUAAACACCAAAGGGCUGCACAUUUUAUGUUUUAUACUGUUAUUAGGGCAACCUUAUAAUCUUGAUUUUGCAACAUUUAAUUUAAAAUAUAUAUUUUUUAAAUUACAUAAAAAUAUGUCUGUCCAGGAAUUUCUUAGGCAACCCAUUUUUAAUAUAUUUUGCAAUAUACUAAAUUCAUGAUAAAAUAGUUUCAUUCUCUAAGGGUCAAUUUAUACUAGCGAAGAGUCGAAGCGUAAAUCCAUAUAUAUAUAUAUAUAUAGCAAACUCCACAGCGGACUGCACACAUCACUUCGGAGAUUGAAAAGGACGCGCGCCCAUUCUACCGAAUUCGCGCGUCUGCGCGUGACCAACGCUGAUUGGUGCAGGCGCAAUCUCGCGAAUUCGCGCGCUCACUAACGAACCUACGCGUCAUCAGUCGGAAAUUAGCCUCUGAUGAUAGAUCAACUGGCAAGUGAUGCAAUAGCACAGCUGCUGAUAAAAGCGUAUUCUCGCGCAUACGCGCGCAUUCGUGCAACUUCACUUGUAAAGAAUUUUACGCUUCGAAGCGCUUCGACUCUACUCGACUCUACUCGUACUAGUAUAAAUUGACCCUUAUCAACUCGGUGAAGGUCGAUGUAGGUUCGGAUUUUAAACCAUCUUGAAGGAAUAAGGUACAGCAAAGGCACAGUAGUUCCGGAACUACUAAGAACGUGUAUCUUGUAAGAUUUACAUGUUUUAUCGUCGUCAUUCGUUUCGGCAUUGACAAAGAUGGCACUGAACUUUCGGGUGCUGGCCAGGAAGGUAAUUAAAAUUCCACAAGACUGACAAAAUUGUGUCUACAGAUAUUAAGGCAGGGCGUUAAUUCUGCAACACAGUUUUUGUAAAACUAAAGCAGUUUUAACGAUUCAUAAUUUUAUGUACAUUGCACUUGUUCCAAAUAAAGUUAUUAUUAUU